GCAGUUCCUGCAGGGCUGUCUGCCCGUGCCCGCAGGCUGAGCCCUGUGCCCGUCGGGGACGACUUGGCAUCACCCUGGAGCCCAGAGCAGGGCAGCCGUGGAGCCCGCAGCAGCACUGCCACCGCACUGCUCUGCCAGAGCCAGCCCUGGAGGGCUGUGGACCGCGCUGCGGGGCAAGAGAUGAUGGGCUGAGCAUCGAUCACAGAGGCACCCCAGGGCCAUGAGCUCCCCGUGCGGUCCUGACUCUGAUAUUGCAGACUGGCUGGCCACCAUCCACCUGGAGAGAUACCGGGAUGUUUUCAAGCAGCAUGGGUACCACGUGGCCAGAGAUGCCACCUCGCUGGACGGCGACCACCUGCAGCAGAUUGGCAUUACCGCCACUGGGCACCGCAAAAGGAUCUUAAACUGGGCUCAGCAGACACGGAUGUUCAGUCAGUCCCAGGGGGGACCUGCAGUAGGAGACACCCAUUUCCGAGCCAGCGAGGUCCUGGAUGUCCCCCAGGCAGGCAAGGAUGCCAUUCAAGCAGAGCCGGGAGGGGCCACUGACUCCUUUGGGACACAGCAGUGUGUCACUGUGCCUGCCCAGGCAUCGUCUCUAGAGAAGGACCCUGCUCCUCCCCUCGUGAAGCCGGUUCCCAAGCCAAGGACGGUUUUCCCUCGCUCAAAGCCAGAGCAUGUCUUAGCACCCGUGCUGCCAACACAUGCUACGGAGCCAACACACGGCCUGGGCACCAACGGGACAUCUACAGCCUUUGUGAUACUGGAGGGGUUUGUGCCGGGAGAGAGCUCCACAGAUUUGGAGAGUCCGGAGCCCAGGCCAGCACUGCUGACUGGCCCAGGGACGGCUGUGGCCAUGGGCAUGAGAGCAUCCCGGCUGCGAUCCCCAGCUCCUGAUCAUGGACGAACUCUGGAGGCAUCAGAGAAAUCCCCUCCAUCUGUCCCAUCUGUCCCACCACGGCACAGCCACAGGGUCCCAGCAGCUGAGCCCAGCCCUGGGAGCGUGCUGGAGGGUCACCCCACAUCCAACCCUCCCCUGCCCACCACAGCUGCCCCAGCCAGGAGAGAUCCGUCGCCGUGCCCCAGGGCAACCUCACAGCCAGGCACAGGACGGGGCAGGCUGGAGAUGGUGUCCAACGUCAUCUAUGAAGGACUCCAACCCCCAACAGCACCUGCUGAGAACUCAGGAGAGGAGGAUGGCCCCCAGGGUCAGGGUCUCUCACAGCCCCCAGCUCUGUCCCCUCAGGAGCUGACCCAGUCAGACGACAAUCCUGACAGUCCCGGCUGGCCCAGUGGGGGCCUGCCCCCCGUCCCGCAGAGACCCACCAGCAAGCCAGAGGUCAACGAGCAGCCUGUCAGCCCCUACAGUGAGACCAUCUUCAGGCAUGAAGCCCAGUCCCAGGAGCAGAAGGGUGUUGGCAUCUCCUCUGAUCAGAGCUACGAGGCAGUGUCUGAGCUGGACUUGGAGCGAGAAGCGUGCAGGACAAGCAGCGAGUGUAGCAGUGAGGGAAGGAGCGAGGAUGAGGAGACUCGGUCCCGGCUUAUUGACCGCAUCAUCCAGAAUGACACAGAGGGCUACUCCACUGUAGAGGCACCACGGGCUGAGGGCACCGCAUUCAGCCUGCCAGCGCAUCUCUACCCAGAUGAGGUCCUGGAUGACCUCACCAUCUCCCCCUACGCCAGCUUCACAUCGCUCUGUGAGCCCCGACCCACCAUGCUCAGUGGCUGGCUGGACAAGCUCUCCCCACAGGGGAACUAUGUCUUCCAGAGGCGUUAUGUCCGUUUUGAUGGGAAGAACCUUAUGUACUUCAGCAGUGAGAAGGAGCCCUACCCCAAGGGGGUGAUCCCAUUGUCUGUGAUCGAGAUGGCUCGCUCCACGAAGGACAACAAGUUUCAGGUCGUCACCAGCCACCGCAUCUUCGUCUUCCGUGCUGAGAAUGAGGCCCAGAGGAAUGAGUGGUGCUCCACACUACAGAAGAAGGUGAUGGACCAGCGCCUGGUUGGGUCCCAGCCCCGGUCUGCCAAUACUGCUCACUGCCAGAAGUCAGGCACCCUGGAGCUGAAAGGCCAGAAGUCCAAGGUGUUCGCAGCCCUGAGCCUGCCUGAGAUGUGGCUGUACAAGAGCGAACAGUUCUUUAAAAUGGGCAUUGGCAUCUGCUUGAUUGAGAUGCGUGGCUCCACCAUCCGUGAAGCCAAGAACCGCAGCUUCGAGCUCAUCACCCCCUUCAAAAUAUUCAGCUUCAUGGCGGAGUCAGAGCGGGAUAAGCGGGAGUGGAUGGAGGCCUUGCAGGAGGCCAUAGCUGAGAUGCUCUAUGACUAUGAGGUGGCAGAGAAGAUCUGGUCCAACAAAGCCAACAAAUACUGUGCAGACUGCUGGGCUCAGAACCCUGACUGGGCGUCCAUCAACCUGUGCGUUGUGAUCUGCAAGCAGUGUGCAGGGCAGCACCGCAGCCUGGGCUCCAACAUUUCCAAGGUGCAAAGUCUGAAGCUUGACACUAGCGUCUGGUCCAAUGAAAUUGUACAGCUCUUCAUCAUGCUGGGAAAUGACCGAGCCAACCGAUUUUGGGCUGCUCGCCUCCCCACUGCCGAGACUCUCUACCCAGAUGCCAGCACUGAGCAGAGACGGGACUUUAUCUCCCGCAAGUACAGAGAGGGACGGUACCGCCUGCCCCAUCCCCACUACACCACUCAGGAGGACGUGCUGCAGGCGCUCUGCACUGCGAUGGCAGGACCAGCCCUGCUCAAGACCAUCCUGAAGUUCUUCUCAUCCUCGGAGGCUGGGUUGACGACUGACCCUGCCACUCAUGAGGUGGCCCCAGGGGUUGACCUUUCAUGGGUACUGGAGAGCAAAAGGCUCAGGAACCAUUCAGGGAGCCCCUGUCCACGGGAACCAGGUCCGGAGGGUGUCUACAAUGAGAUCACGCAGCCAGUCACACACAGUGGAUACCUGUACCGAGCCACAGCCCACUCCAAGCUCCCAGGCGUCAAGAAGAGCAAAGAGGACUUCCAGCACACAUGGUGCUCCCUGGAGAGAGCUCUGCUCUUCUUUGAGACGGAGAAAUGCACUGAGCCCCUGGGACACAUUGAGAGUGGGGACCUCAUUUCCCUGGGUGUGAGCAGAGGUCAGGCACUCGCCAGCCCUGGCCCCACUGAAAGGUUUCACUUCACCCUUGAGCUCUUCCUCACUGGGGAAAAAGUGCAGCAGCUGGGAACCGACAGGCCUGAGACACUGCAAGCCUGGGCCAGCGCCAUUGGCAAGUGGUUCACACCCAUGAGCUGUCACUGUCUGCUGGGCUAUGAGUUCCAGCGUGUGGGCCAGCUACGCUACAAGUGCAUGCUCAACCCCGAGCGGUGGCAGCAGGCCUUCUUCAUCCUGCAGAAAGCUCACCUCUUCAUCUGCCCCACUGAGGAUGAUGGGGCUGAGGAUAGCAUUAACCUCCGGCGGCUGCAGGAGCUCAGUCUGGUUCCCCCCACGGAGACCCCAGAGAAGAAGGAGCUGCUGAUCUUGGUGGAGAUGGGGAGGACAUUUUACCUGCAGGGCUUGUCACGGGUGGACUCAGCAGCGUGGUACACGGACAUCCAGGCGUCAGCGGGGGGCCGGGGUAAUGCUCUGCGGGACCAGCAGCUGAGUCGGGGGGACAUCCCCAUCAUCGUGGACAGCUGCAUCGCCUUCAUCACACAGUACGGGCUGCGGCAUGAGGGGAUUUACCGCAAGAAUGGAGCCAAGUCCCGGAUCAAGGUUCUGAUGGAGGAGUUUCGGCGGGAUGCCCGCAAUGUCAAGUUGCGCAUCAAUGACAACUUCAUCGAGGACGUCACCGAUGUGCUGAAGAGGUUCUUCCGUGAGCUGGAAGACCCUGUCUUCACCCUGGAGCUGCACCCACAGUGGAAGGAGGCUGCAGAAAUCUCCUCGAAGCCCCAGCGCCUGGAGCGGUACAAGGAGCUCAUUCAUCGCCUGCCUCGCCUCAACCACAAGACUCUGGCUGCACUCAUCGGGCACCUCUACCGGGUGCAGAAAUGUGCAGACCUCAACCAGAUGAGCACCAAGAACCUGUCACUGCUCUUUGCACCCAGCCUCUUCCAGACUGAUGGCAAAGGGGAACACGAGGUCAAGGUGAUGGAAGACCUCAUUGACAACUAUGUCAGCAUCUUCAAUAUCGAUGAGGACCAGGUAUCCCAGAUGGAUCUGGAGAACAGUCUGAUCACCACCUGGAAGGACACCCAGCUUUCCCAGGCAGGGGACCUCAUCAUUGAGGUUUACCUGGAGCAGAAGCUGGCCGACUGCUGCGUCACCCUAAAGGUGUCCCCCACAAUGACGGCGGAGGAGCUCACCAACCAGGUGCUGGAGAUGCGCAACGUGGCGGCCAGCCUGGACAUCUGGCUGACCUUUGAGGCCCUGGAGAACGGGGAGCUGGAGCGGCCCCUGCAUCCCAAGGAGAAGGUACUGGAGCAAGCUUUGCAGUGGUGCAAGCUUCCGGAGCCCAGUGCCGCAUACCUGCUGGUGAGGAAGGUCCCCAUCGGCGAGGGCAGCUGUCUCUUCACAGGUGUCAAGCGUGAGACUCCCAAGUGUGGGCUGCUGAAAUGCCGCGAGGAGCCCCCCAAGCUGCUGGGAAACAAGUUUCAGGAGCGCUAUUUUGUCAUCCGGGACCGGAGGCUGUUGCUGCUCAAGGAGAAGAAGAGUGCCAAGCCAGAACGCGAGUGGCCCCUAGAUGCAGCCAAGAUUUACAUGGGCAUUAGGAAGAAGCUGAAGCCACCAGCCCAGUGGGGUUUCACGCUGACCCUGGACAAGCAGCAACUGUACCUGGUGUGCUCAGGGCAGGCUGAGCUGUGGGACUGGACCACCAGCAUCCUCAAGGCUCAGCACGAUGAUCUGCGUCCCGUGAUCAUGCGCCGUCGCUCCUCCUCCGACCUCGCCAAGCAGAAGUUCGGCACCAUGCCACUGGUGCCUCUGCAUGGGGACAGCACUGACACCACCAUGCUCUCUGCCAACCAGACCCUGCGCCGCCUGCACACACGAAGGACUUUGUCCAUGUUCUUUCCCAUGAAGAUGCACCAGGACUCCCUGGAGGAGCAGCAGGAGAAGGAGGCUGAUGCUGAUCCUGUCUACGAGGAGGUGGGCAACUUCCCCGAGCUGGCCGCACUGGAGCUGGGGCAGGGGCUGCUGGCAGAUCUGUCGGCCCUGCCCCCCGUGGACAGGUCGAGGAAGCCAGCCCCCUUCCCUGAGCAGCCCCCAGUCACAGCCCUGCGCUCCUCACUGCCUGCCAGCCCGGCCCAGAGGGUGGAGGGUCCCGCUGUCACCAAAGCCCUGUCCCUUGAAAGGGGCUUGAACCUAGACAGUGACAAAGCUCCAGCCCAGGGGCUCAGACCCACCAAAACAGCCUCUCUGGAGAGAAACAUAGAGCCUUCUCUGGCACUGGCCAGGGACUGGGAGCCAGCAGCCACACCGGGGAGCAGUCCCAGUACAGAGACCUCCCUGGAGAUCCCCAGGAAGAGGAGCAUGCAGCCUCCCUCACCCAUCAACAACAAACUCAUCCAGGAGCUCAGCAGUGUCAUCCUCAGGAAGAACGAGGGCCAGUCACCAGGGCCGGGCCAGCCGGUGACGUGACCCACCGUGCCGAAGAGGCAGCCACCGACCUGGGGGUCAAGUCGCACUCUGUGGCAGCGAUGAUGGGUACCCCACACUCCCACAUCAUGGAGCCCACACCGUCCUCCUCCUCCUGAUCCCAGAGCUGGGCUAGGAGUCAGGACUGGUGGGGACAGGGGGACUAGUGGGGAUGAGGAUGCUGAGCCACAGUACCCCAUCUUGGAAGGGCUGGAGAUGCUGCCACAUGUGCUCUUGCUCAUGGAUGGCAUGUCUGUCAUCAGGCCCAGUGCCUAGGGAAGCAAGUAAAAGGGAAAAUAAAAGUGGAAAUGUGGUGCCUGCGUGUUUCGGCACGGUAUCAGGCAUGGGGGCAUGCAGUGCUUGCCAGCAUGGGGGAACACAGCAUGAUGUCCCCUCUCCAAGUGCUGGGCCUGUGGGGCAGAGUCAGGACACCCAAGCCAUCCUCCACUUCUUGCAUCUACCAUGGCAUAUUUUGGGGGGGUCAAUGGGAGCAGGGCUGGCCAUGUGUGCUCGGCGCAUAGUCCUGGCGAUGGAGGACAGCUCCUGCUCAGCUGGGGUAUUUAUACCUGUUGCUUCCACCAGCAGGGAGAAAUAAAGGUUUAUUUGU